UUUUUGCCUGCCUGCUUUCUCUGUCGGCAGUUUGUCUAAGUAACAUAAACCUACAUAGCCUGGCUCCAAAAGGGCACAUAAAGCAGUAACAGUUCCCGGGCUUGCUUGUGUGUUAGCCUUUUAAAGUGACCAUGCUUUGAGCUACUGUAAGGACCAGCUGACAGCUUCUAUAUGCAUACUACAGGCUUCGGCAUGACAGAGGAACCACUUUGGGACAUCAAACAAGCUCAAGGAGGAGUGUUGUCUCUGCGUCAGCCUGCUGUUUACAGAGUAGUGUGAAGCUGCUGGAGCAUGCGUUCACUGGUGGGCACUCCUGGCUCUGACCUCUCCCCUCCAUACUGAUCAUCUAGGCACAAGGUAUUCAAGGUUGCUGAGUAAAAUGAUGAAGGAUUGACCAAAGGAAAUGUGUGUGUGAGAGAGGUGAUGGCUCUGAAUACGUCUGGAUCGUGGGGGGAGUCCCUGGCCAACUCUUCCUCAAGAUGUGGCCACAACAUGACCGUCUGGGACCAGCGCAUGGAGAAGAUGUACACGUACUUCUACCUGCUGCUCUUCAUCCCCGGGCUGCUGCUCAACACCACCGCUCUCUGGGUCCUCUGCAGACAUAUAAGUAAGAAGACCAAGGCAGUGAUCUUCAUGAUAAACCUGGCAUUAGCAGACCUGGCCCACAUCCUCUCUCUGCCCCUCAGGAUUUAUUAUUACUUCACACACACCUGGCCCUUUGGACGAGGCAUCUGCUUAUUCUGCUUCUACCUCAAAUACCUCAACAUGUAUGCUGCUAUAGUGUUCCUGGUGUGUAUCAGCAUGCAGAGGUGUGUCUUCCUGCUCGACCCGUUUAUCGCUCGCCGGUGGAGGCGACGCUAUGACCUGUUGAUCAGUAUUAUAGUGUGGGUGGUUGUUAGUCUGGCCUGCACACCUUUCAUUCUGAUGCGGAGCAGCAGCAGCAGCAGUCUUAGCUUCGGGACAAACACAGUCUAUAACAUGUCCUUUUAUCUGGAUGCCACAUCUACCCAACAACCCUCAGGUUACACCAAACUAAGCUCAAGCUCUAGCACCGUCUCCAAAGACCUGACCUGUUUUAAAGACUUGCCCACGCGUCGUCUGUCCCUCUCUGUGCUGGUCCCCAUGAUGGCCCUCGCCGAGCUGUUUGGUUUCUUGAUUCCUUUAGCCUGCAUCAGUUACAGCUCCAUCCGCAUCGCCCAGUCCCUCAAUCAAAAACAGAUGGACAGACAGGAUCAGCAAAACCCGUCUGCACUCAACUCCUCAGGACGCAGCCGACUCCAGUCAGUCACCUCCAACUCUGAUAAAUAUCAUGAAAAGCAUGUGGACAGUGAGAAGCGGCGCGCUCUACGGAUGGUGCUGAGCUGCUCUGCCCUCUUCUUGUUCUGCUUUGCCCCUUACCACCUCAACUUCCUGCUCUACCUGAUGGUAUCACAGGACAUAGUGUCCCACUGUGCGACGCAGCUUGCUGUGCGUCAAUUCCACCCAGUGUCCCUGUGCAUGGCUAGCCUGAGCUGCUGCCUCAAUCCUCUGCUUUAUUACUUUUUAACAGCCGAGUUCAGAUUGCACCUCAGCAGGCGCACCUCCUCCUUCACCACGUCGCUCCUCUCAUCCUCGAUCAACUCCCCUACCCAGCGUCCUGCGCAGCACAGACUGACGAGCAUGGAGAGUAGCUGCUCAGACAGGGAGUAACGUUAUUCAGAGUUAUUCAGAUUUUCUUUAGGGAAUGAGACAGCUAAACACGACAAACAGAUGCAUCUCUGUAAGGCAUUCUGUUGAACAUAGAAACAGACUGGCAUGGUUGACGUUGGUCAACUAAAUGGUUUCACAUGUCGCAGCCGUCUGAAUCAAAACUGACCCAAAGAGCUUUCACCUUGAUGUUAAGAACUUCAAAUAAGCUAUAUCAUAAUUAUCAAAGCUGUAUGUAAAUGCAUGUGAUUGUACUGUAAAUAAAAGCAAGUCUGCGUUCUCUGUCUUAUCUGGA